CAUACGCGACUAUUUCGUCAACAGAAUCGUGGCGCGAUAGUUGGAUUUUAUAAAAUAAUAAACAAAUAACAACAGUGUGUUUUAAAGAUUAUGGAUUGAAACUACAGACCAAAGUGAAACACGUUAAUUAAUAACAAAGAACGAGACGUAUUUUAUUUGAAUUGCUUAAGCUUACGGGAUUAUUUUGCAAAUCGUUUCUUAUUGAUUUUUGUUCUUUACCGGUCUUUUAUUUAAGUAUUAUUAAGUUUUACUUGAUAACAUAUUAUGAAAAUAAACAUUUUAAGACUAUUCCUUUCCAAAUUUGUGAUUAUAGCGAGUUUAUAAAUACUUUCGUACCUAGUGAUAAACAAACAAAACUUUGAUCGUGUGCUGUGUACAUCGUGAGAAAAUUUUAUCUAAAAAUGGAGAAGGUGGAAUCGGCUCUUGACGUGUUAUCACGUGCCGCAACUAUGGUGCAACCGUGCCCCGCAUACCCUGCGAGUGAUUCAGACGGUUUCGAGACACCAAGCACAGCGUCGAGCGGUGAGUCUGAAGGGGACAGGACCCUCUCGCCGGAGACACCGAGGAGUCAAGCUAAGGAGCUCACCGGCAAGUGGCGCAGGGAACGGCGCACGCGCUUACCUGAGUAUAGACCUAGCGAAAAUUGCAAGAUGGCGCUGCGGUCCCAGUCGUUCAACGAAAAGCGUAGCGCGCCGGCCGUCGCGCGCGCGCACACGCACAGCGAUGGCGAGUUCUCUGACGAAGCGGACGAGACGGCAAAUCUAGCACUCAAUGGGAAAGCGCCGCCGGAGUACCCGGGACGGGGCGAAGCGCCCAUCGACAUGCGGCUCCGCACGCGGCCCGCGCCGCCGCCCUACUCGCGCCCCAGCGUCAUAAAGACUAGCGACCCGCCGCCUGAUUCCCUCUCAAUGUGCGACACAGUCAUCGAGGAGCACUUCAGGCGUUCCCUCGGCGACAAUUACAUGAAUCUCUUCAAGAAGAACACGGAAGCGGUCCAGCCGGGCCCCAAGCCGAACACUAAGGACAGGGCCAGCAGCCCGAUACUAUUCAAAACCGAGGAGCCGCCCAAACCAACGAAAAUCAUCGCCAUGGAAGUGGACGACCCGAGCCUCUCAGUAGACGACCAUUUCGCCAAAGCCCUCGGUGACACGUGGAAGAAAAUACAAACCUCCAGAUUAAAAGACAAUGACAAAGCGCAAACAUCGACGAAGGGCGUCGACGAUCACUUCACGAAAGCGCUCGGCGACACUUGGAAGAAAAUCUCGACGAAACACAACUUGGAACAGGAGAAGCCCAAAGAUCAAACGGCGAAAAUUAUCACAAGGAGCGGUGUAGUCAUAUAAAUGUAAUUGAGCAUUGGGUGGUUCGUUUUAUUGCCUUGUAAAAUUUACGAGGCGUUUUCAAGAGUCCGACCGGAGCGUCGGUAAAGUGGCGCUCGCUUGUGGCGCCAUCUGGUUUAAGUGGCGUUAAUCUAUCCAUGACAGUUCUGUUACCUAUUUCUUGUAAGUUUGUUGUAAUUUGUGAUUAAAUUGUUUUGACUGAUUUAAAUUACAAUUUAAAUGGACUUGAUGUUUCCACAUUAUUGGAUCAAGAAUAUAAAUAAUUAUUAUUUGAUUCGAUUAAGUCUUAAAGAAUUAGUACUAAAUUGUACUCAUUGUCUUCAAACAUGAAUGUAUUUGAAAAUAAUUAACCUUUUACGUUUCGAUAUAUAAAUGAAAUGGUAAAUAUUAUCUUCACAAACGAUAUCUUUCAAUUCAUUUUGUAAUAUAAAAUUUUCAUCCAUUUUCUCUAUUUUCUGUACUUGUUUUUCACAAUUUUUUUCACGUUAUUUAUACGUCAAGUUAUAAAAUACGAUUUAAAUCGCUUAAAACGAUUUGAUAAUUCUAAAAACUCGUCGGUUAGGGGUCGCUAUGUUGUAGUCAAUUUUUAGUCACCAUUUACACGUUGUAAAAUAUUACCUCAAUAUAUGCGCUUUGCACAAUUCACGUAGGUUAACUGUAUUUUAAGUGUUGUAAAUAAUAUAAUAAUAAAAAUUAAAUGUUAUAUAAGUAAGUAGGACGAUUCUAAUGUUGUAUAAUUUUAUUGUAUGUAAAAUGUUCCUUUGAAAAUGUAUUUAAUGCGGUAAGAUUUCAGAUUCUAAAUGCUACGUUUUUGAUAUUAAAAUUGUCUAUGAUUCAUUCAGGCUGGGUCUACACAGAGUAGCUUAGAAGAAAGCUGGCAACCAUUUCGUUUUCUUUAUAAGAUUUUUUGAUUGUAUGUAUGAUAUUUGUAAUAAGGUUUAUUUGUAAAUAAUGUUUUCCUAUUUAUGCACUUUAUUUAAUGGUUAAGAUGUCAAAGAAUAAAACACGCAACUUAA